AUGGCCCAGACUUACUCCCUCCCCCCUCUUCCUUACGAGUACAAUGCUCUUGAACCGGCCAUCUCGGCCACCAUCAUGGAGCUGCACCACAGCAAGCACCACAACACCUACGUCACAAACCUGAAUAAGGCCCUCCACGCCCACGCCGAAGCAACCAAGGUAACCGACCUCCCUGCCAUUGUGGCCCUGGAGCCCGCCAUCAAGUUCAACGCUGGAGGCCACAUCAACCACUCCCUCUUCUGGACCAACCUCACUCCCCAGAAGAGCCCGGAAGCGUCCCCAGACUCCGCCCCGAAGCUGCACGAGGCCAUCCGCCAGCAGUGGGGGGAUCGGAAAACCUUCCAGCAGAAGUUCAACGAGCAGCUGCUGGGUAUCCAGGGUAGUGGAUGGGGCUGGCUUGUGCGGCAGGGGACUACCGGCCCGCUGGUUAUUGUGACUACCAAGGAUCAGGAUAUCGUGGGGAAGGAUCAGGUUCCUAUUUUCGGUGUGGAUAUGUGGGAGCAUGCGUAUUACCUGCAGUAUCUGAAUGGAAAGGCUGCAUAUGUCGAGAACAUCUGGACGGUCAUCAACUGGAAGACGGCCGAGGAACGGUACCUGGGUGGCAAUGCAGAUGCCUUUAAGGUGCUCAAGGCAGCUAUUUGA